AACAUCCUAGAAAAAAAUAUCAUUUAUUCUUAAUCUUUUGUAUCAUACCUGUCACAACUGUUGUAUCGUGGGCCCAACAUUCCAGUUUUUAUUUGCAGAAAGCUUCAGGCUUAACAUUAUUCUUAGGACACAGCAAAAUGAGUGACGAUUACCUUAGCAAACCAUUAUCCUUUGGUUCGGCGCAUUCUUCGGGAAUCUCUACAAGUUCACAAGUGCGGCCAUUGUCACCAUAUUUAAACUAUGAUUCACGAUACCUGCAAGCUCAACCAGAAUUCAUCUUUCCCGAGGGUGCUUCAAAGCAACGCGGCCGAUUUGAACUCGCCUUUUCGCAGAUCGGCUCCUCAGCAAUGGCUGGUGCGUGUAUCGGUGGUAUGGGUGGAUUGUACAAUGGGUUCAGUUCAACAAAACUGGCAAACCAAACUGGGAAGCUACGACGAACACAAUUGUUGAACCACGUAAUGAAGCAAGGUGCUGCAACUGCAAACACACUAGGCACAAUUGCCGUUAUGUACUCGGCAUUCGGUGUCCUAUUGCAAUGGACUCGCGGAGAGGAUGACGACAUCAACACAAUUGCUGCAGGAGGAGCUACCGGUCUGUUAUACAAAUCGUCAGCUGGUCUGCGGAAGUGCGUCCUAGGCGGCGGUAUUGGAUUGGCACUUACUUCUUUAUACGUCCUUUGGAGUGCAACAAGCGGUGGGUCGAAAAAGCUAAACGACUUGAAGUCGCAAUACCUUUAAGAGAAAAAAUAGAUCAAAACGAGUUUGAGGUUAAGUCGUAACGGAACUAAAAACAGUUAUCCAACUAAUUGAAACGUUUCUAGACUAUGGGGAUAGCGAAUGUGUUCAGCGGGCGAAUUGUACACAAAUGUACGAGCAUUCAACUAAACUUUUCUUAUUCGAGGCUCGUGUUGUUGUAGGCGCAAGCGUAACAACAGCUGCACAGGAAAAGUUGUAAUAUGUUUGAUGAAACGUUUCAGUUUGUCUGAAUAAAACUUAAGCAAGUUAAC